GUCCGCGUCCAGACAAAUCCACUGCGUGGAAUCAGCACAGAGGCUGUCGUGGUGUUCCGUCUUGUGGGAAAUAUCAACCCAACCGGAGCAAUGGUCAUAGACUUCUACCAAACUCAAGCGAGCCCCCCGGUUCGAGCCGUGGCUCUCGUCGCGGCAUCGCUCAAUGUUUCAUUAAACCCAAAACCUCUCGACAUCAUGGAGAAGAAGGAGCAUCUAGAAGACUGGUACAUCAAGUUGAAUCCGCAGCACACAGUUCCGACAAUUGUAGACGGAGACCUCGCCCUGGCUGAAUCCCGCGCAAUCAUGUGCUAUCUAGCCAAUGAGUACGCUCCGGACAGUCCACUUUAUCCGAAAUGUCCGCGGAAACGCGCUCUGGUCGACAGGUUCCUCUACUUCGACAUCGGAACCCUGUUCAAGUCUUUCGCUGACUACUUCUAUCCGAAUCUCCUGUACGCGCAAGCCUACGACCCGGAGAAGGAGCCUAAAGUUAAGGAGUCGAUCGGCUUCCUGGAGACUUUCCUGGGGGACAACGAUUAUCUCGUCGACAACGCCGUCACUAUCGCGGACUUAGCUAUCGCUACAUCUCUCACUCUGCCAGACUCCAUGGAUUACAGUCUCUCGGCUUUUCCGAAAGUUGAGGCAUAUUACAAGCGUUUGCAAGGAUCUCCGAAAUGGGAUGAGAUCAAUGGACUCGGCAUAGAAAUCAUUCGUGGCUUCAGGAGCAUGAGGGCUCAGUGAUUAGGCACGUGCCUGGAGCCUAGGACGGCUCUUCUUAUACAUUCGACGAAUCCGGACGAAUUUUGCCUCAAUAAAUCGGGACCCGAAAUUGUUGACAAAUGGUCCUCAUCCUAGCCU